CGGUAUUUAUGACCGUAUAGGGCCCGACUUAGACCAAUUUUGAGGAGUGCUUCACAAUACAAAAACAUAAAUAUUAUUUUCUACCAUGACGAACAAUUGGAAAAAAUAUAUUUUGUGGUUUGCUCAAGAACAUUUAGAUUUUCGCUUUGCUGAAUUCGACUCAAUCCUUAAGCUCUUCGGACUGAAGCAUCGAAUAUCAGACACUAAUUUACUGAAACCUUUUUGGAUAGUCGAGUUUCCUAAUGACGAAGCUGCUUUAAAGUUUGCAUCCCGUUGUGUCAGCCUACGAAGUGUAUAUGAAUUAUGGUCUCAUUCGAACACCCUGGAGGGCUUUCACGAAAAGUUGCAAAAUUUCGUUAGAAAUAAUAAACAACUCAUUGAGCCUUACAGCAAAUGUACGUUUAAAAUUGCUGUCGAAACCUAUAAUAAACAUAUUUCGCAGAAGGAAAAAGUGGAAAAAAUAGAGACAUUAGAAUACCUGCCAUUUCAAGGUGAAGUAGAUCUGAAAACACCUCAAGAGGAAUGGUGUUAUAUCGAGUUCUACGGUCUUGACCCAACGCAAGUUCCACUUGAACCCGAUGAAGUGCUUUUCGGACGUUUGAUUGCUAAUGGGCAGCGUGAUCUCAUUAAGUUGCUAUCAUUGAAAAAACGGAAGUUUAUCGGAAAUACCAGUAUGGAUGCACAACUAAGCCUGCUAAUGGCAAAUCAAGCACUGGUUAAAGAGGGCGAUUUAAUUUUUGAUCCCUUUGUAGGUACGGGAUCCUUGCUGGUGAGUGCCGCAAAAUUUGGUGGUUAUGUACUUGGUGCUGACAUUGAUUUUAUGAUGCUCCAUGGACGUUCACGCCCAAGCCGCAUAACACAAAAAAUGCGUGAAAAAGAUGAGGGAGUACGUUCCAAUUUGGAACAAUAUGGAUGUGGAGAUCGAUACAUAGACGUUGUUGUAUCAGAUUUUUCCAAAACUCUUUGGCGCAAGGAGCUCAAAUUCGAUGCAAUAAUUACAGAUCCACCAUAUGGCAUUCGUGAAGCUACUGAAAAGGUAGAGACGAAAAAGGCAUUAAAGGAAAACACACGCACCAAGGAUAUGCCUCAUUAUCCGUCAACCUCACAUUAUGCGUUACAACAUCUUUACGUUGAUCUCCUUAAUUUUUCGGCACAGCAUUUGAAAGUGGGCGGCCGUUUAGUGUGUUGGCUGCCGUAUCAUCGUGAAGACUACUGUAAUGGCAUGAUUCCGCAACACAGUAGUCUAAUGUUGGUAGCUAAUUCGGAUCAACCACUUUCAGGACUUACUUCACGUAGGUUGCUAACUUAUGAAAAACUUGAUGUGGCUCAUACACAAGAUGCUGGGCAGCUUGCAUGCACAUUCUCAAACUCGCUAGAUUUUCGGGACCGUUAUUUUAAUAAUGCCGUGGAAUCCCGUUCAGAGAGACGUAUUCGUAAAGCUGAGCUACGCGAACUUGGACGAAUUGAGGCGCUUAAAAGAGGAAAAGUUAUUGUUGAUAGCAAAGAGUUAAAAAAUAGUUUAAAUAAAUCACGAUUUAGUUAAUAACUAAAUUUUAAUAAGAAAGUAGGAAUAAAUAGAGAUACUAGAAUAUUCAAUCAGACAUCAUAUGAGUAAGUAAAUUUGUGGGAUCUGUUUAGUGAUCUUA